CUAAGAUCAAGUGUAGUAUCUGUUCUUAUCAGUUUAAUAUCUGAUAUGUGAGCCAUCGGCUCACACGAUAUUAAAUUAAUUUUUUUCAUGGGGGAGGUCCCAUCACAGUAGCUUGCUACUGGGGUUCUCACGCGUCGCCCUUGCGUUGCACUACUGCAAAGGCCUGGCGCACCCCCACCAAAACUAAGAACAAUGUAUUGUUUCUGUUUUGGAUACCAAUUUCUGAACACAUCUAUCUUGAGCAGAAUGUUGGCUCCCAGUAAUGGUACUCCAUGAAGUGAACAGUAUAAACCCAUUCCUCUUGGUAACGACGGGUAAGGCUUCACAGAUGUUUGUAGGCUCCAAUUUUUCAGAAAAUUCUGUAAUAUUUUUUUUUUUUGCAAUAAGAUAUAUUCAAUGUUUGUGAGUCACAUAACAAUGCCUUAAGUUUUUGAUCAGUCCAAUGUCUUCAGCUUAUUCCAGAGUAUUGAUCCAUCAAUAGGUUCAGAUGUCUUAGAUGUCUCUCAAACUUUGAAAUGGAAGCAGGUAAUGUCGGAAUCGACGAACCCCUCAAAUAUUAUACAAGCAAAUUCCUAUUAUUAAACAAGUUCUGAAUACUCUCAAAUCUCCCACCUCCGCAGCACCAAAUGUUCGUAUUUUACUUGCAUUACUUUUACUGGAAACACUUUUCGUGUAUCUUCUUCAAAGACUAAACGCAAAUGCUGCACUGCAGAAAUAAAACAAAACAAGUUCUGGGUAUCUUCAGGCACUACAUGAAAGCCUUCUGCCAUCCAAAGUUUGAUUAAGGCUUCUCUAUCAAAUUUGACGACAAAUUAUCGUAAGUCAGGAUCCUGGUUUGCUUUUUGAAACACUGCACUGGUUUGCUAAGUUUAGGUGGGUGGUUACGGGUAUGCCCAUCGUCAGCAGCUCAAUUGAUUUGCAUUUCGCCAUGGCCUUUUUGGGGUUCUAUCCAUUUUCAGUCAACUACCAUUGGCAAAGUCUGGUGCAAAACCCUUUGAAUAGAGGAAAGGUUGGGCUCUCACAUAUACCGGACUUGGUGACGAACAUUUCGUUAAGAAGAUUGAAAGCUGACUGUCUGGUCAAAUUGCCUCCGAAAGCUGUUGAGACUGUUUUUCUAGAGCUUUCUGAUGAAGAACGAGUGAAGUAUGACCAAAAGGAAUUGGAUUCCAAGGAAGUGGUUCAAACUUACAUCCGUCAUGGCCAUGCGCUUCAGAACUGCCUAUGUCCGUCAACAUUGAAGAUGUAUCCAAAAACCCAGAACUGCUGCAGAAGUUGUUCUGGAAACUACGAGAAGAUUACCUUGAUUGUCAAAUUACAGCUCAAGCCAUAAAAGUAUAAAUCAAAUUACACUCUACUGGUAGUAUACGAGUCAUAUUAGUUUGAAUGGUUAGCACUUAGCAGCUAGAUUGAGUAUGCAGUAUUAUAUAUGCAA